UACGCCUGUCCGCAACACAGAGGAAGUCAGGAUUAUUGGUUUGUCACUGCUAGGCUGGGAAGCAAAUGUCUCGCCCAUGUCUGGACGAAUGGCUCAAUCACCUGCGCCCAGUGAGAUAGGCGUGGGGCCGCCUCUACGUAAACGCCGGCGAAGCCGUUGAGCGACCGUUGCUCGUAGUCAUUUAUGGUGAAAAGGUGUUUCUGGACCAAGCUUUGGCAGUCAUGAUCUAUAGGAAUCGUAGUGGCUAUAAACUACCAGUAACGACUGUGUCGAUCUUCACCAUGAUCUCUCGCAAGGUCGCGCAACUUGUGCUCAGCGUAGAAUCCCAUCGAGCGCAAGCUGACAACACGUAUUCAACACCUUGCUUUUUGCCCGAUGCGUCUCACUCUCGACCACCAGCGCCCAUGCAAACGCGCGCAAGCAAGCCCAAGCGAUAUGUCACCCCACACUUCUUCUAUCCUUUGCUGUCCCUCUGCACGACAAACUUCCUCAUGCGGCAACUCCCAACUCCGUCGAUCGCGGGAGGACACAGGAGACAGUCUAUCGCAUCCAAUCAACUUGCUUUUCCUGCUGCGGCUAUCCCUGCCUGCAUGGCACUAGUCCGUGCAGAGGCAGGCGCGAUCCUGGCUGGUGGUACGACGGUGGUGACACUGCGUGCACCACAUCGUGGGAAGGCAGGGUGCUGUCACGCCAUUCUCAUCUCACGACGGACCAUGUGCGCUGAGGCGUGGACGCCUUGAUGGAGGAUGGCGGACGGCGAGGGGAUAUAAGCAUGUGGAGGCGCGAUACUGCUUUUGCUAUCAACACUGUGUUCGAGUAUUCAGGAAGAGAGAGCUUGUUGGGAACUUGGUGUUGACGACGAAACGCGAAAAUUGAGACAUACAUCGCAUUCGAAUAUCCAAAACUCUUGGAAGAAGCACAGCAUGGCUCAAUUCUACCGCCGUCCGAUGAUGCACUUUGACAGGAGGGAGCUGUAUACCGACUUGGAGACGAGGGUACGGUAUCUGCACU